CCGACGGCAGUUGUAGAACUCGUUUUUCAAGCGUAUCAGAAGUCGAAUGUUAACUUUUCAGGCGUCAAAGGGCACGUGAAGUGGUAUAAUGUUUGGUAUCAUUAUGGAUUUAUUGGUAGAGAUGACGAUCCAUCGGCUGACGUCUUUGUUCAUCAAUCCGGUAUUGCUAAAUCUAGAACGAGCAAUCCUCGUUAUCGCACUCUAGAUAUGGAUGAAAGGGUUGUUUUCGAUGUUGUAGCUGGAAAAGGUGGCGGGAUGAAAAAAGCUGUUAAUGUGACUGGUCCUGAUGGGGAAAAGAAUGUGGAAGAAAAUGAAGAGAACAAAAUAAGGAAAGAGAACCGGCCUGGAAAUGGCGGUAUAAGGGAGAGAAAACGUAGUUUUUUUUUUAUUUUUACCAUUGCUAGAGUAUUAUUUGUUCCUAUUAACUAG